CAAUCCAGUAUACGACACAUGGCGGGGCCCAUUAAAUUUCCGAUUUAACAAAUUACAGUUAUUCUUCUUCGGCGCCGACGGCUAUCUGCGAAUUCUGCGUUCACUGCUCUGAGCUCUCUGACUUUUUCAUGCACUCACACUCUCCUACCGGAGACAGGAAAAAGAAAAUGGAGCAACCGCCGACGUCUCGAAGGACCCGUAAAUCUCAAGCGAAAUCCGAGCUAUACUCUACCUUUGUCAUUCAUUCCGGUUCUGAAUCCGAUUCCGAUUCUGGCAAAUCUAAACCGAAACCGCAACCAUCUCGUGAACCGGACCUUUACGCCACAAUGGUUUACAAAGACGUUGACGAAGAAGGUGAAGAUGGAUCUUCCAUCCCUCCUCCCUUCAAAUGUGCGCCGAAACUCUUUGGCGGCGGAGGCGGCACUCCUUCCGACGCCGACGAUGGCAGUGGCGAUGCGGGAGAUUUAGGAACCAUGAUCGUGAAAAAGGAUCAUGUUCGUGAAGCUCGCGGUGGAACGCCGUCUUCGUUUAAUCCACCGGCCUUAGCGGGGGUGAUCCCAAUUAGAGCAAGGGGAAAUAAAAUGGACGUUGAAGAGGAAGAGGAUGAUGAAGGUGAAGGUUUUGGGACGUUCGUGGUGAGAUCAACGGCGAGGAACGAGAGAGAAGGGAGCGGGACGGUGGUGAACAGAGCGGUGGCGAGUACGGGAGAGCUAGGUUUUGGGAAACAAAAGACAUCUACUUCGACGACGCCUUUGCAAGGGGAAGAGAGUCGGUUCUUGCAAAAUAAUAAGGUUUUGUCGAGUUCAGUUCCCGACUGCGUUAUCAGAGAAGAUCCUUCCACAAAAUAUGAGUUACUCAAUGAGCUCGGGAAAGGAUCUUAUGGGGCAGUUUAUAAGGCUAGAAAUAUAAGAACUUCCGAGCUUGUUGCCGUUAAAGUUAUAUCAUUAAGUGAAGGGGAAGAAGAGUAUGAAGAAAUUCGUGGUGAAAUUGAGAUGUUGCAGCAAUGUAGUCAUUCAAAUGUUGUCCGGUACUUCGGGAGCUACCCUGGGGAAGAAUAUCUUUGGAUAGUAAUGGAAUACUGUGGAGGUGGAAGUGUAGCUGAUUUGAUGAAUGAUACAGAGGAGCCUUUAGAGGAGAAUCAGAUAGCAUAUAUCUGUCGCGAAGCUUUAAAGGGCCUUGAUUAUUUGCACUCAAUUUUCAAAGUUCAUAGAGAUAUUAAGGGUGGUAACAUCUUGUUAACAGAACAAGGAGAAGUGAAGUUGGGUGAUUUUGGAGUAGCGGCACAGCUUACUAGGACCAUGUCAAAGCGCAAUACAUUUAUUGGCACUCCGCAUUGGAUGGCUCCAGAAGUUAUUCAGGAAAGUCGGUAUGAUGGAAAGGUUGAUGUGUGGGCACUUGGUAUAUCUGCAAUUGAAAUGGCUGAGGGGGUUCCCCCAAGAUCAGCAGUACAUCCAAUGAGGGUUUUAUUUAUGAUAUCGAUUGAGCCUGCCCCAAUGCUUGAGGACAAAGAAAAAUGGUCUCUUGUCUUUCAUGAUUUCGUCGCUAAGACCCUUACAAAGGAUCCAAGCCUACGCCCUACUGCAUCUGAGAUGGUGAAACACAAAUUCAUUGAGAAAUGCAAAUGUGGAGCUUCAGUAAUGCUUCCAAAGAUUGAGAAGGCGAAGCGAAUAAGGGCUGCAAUGGCUCAACAGGCACAAACUACUGCUCCCACCAUUCCAGGACUUAAUCCACCGGAAGGUUCAAACUUGAAUGGGGAUUAUGGAUAUACUGUUCCAUCAAAGCCUCAGAAUAUGGGUCUUCAAGUUGCAAAUCAGACUCCUGCAACUGGCACUUUGAAGAAGCCUCGCACAUUGGAUGGCGUGGAAGUGACAGGUGAAGUGGGGGAGUUUGGCACUGUAAUAGUUCAUCCCGGGGAUGAGUUGCAGAAGUCAUUUGCUCAAAGUCAACCUCACAAUGGUAAAGAAGCUUCAACUGCUAUUGAACAUGCUGAAAGAGCAGUGAUUAAUGGCUCAAGGCGCCAGUUAAUUGAAUCGCAAAGGGGUGCCUCAGCAACUGUAACUAUGGAAGAAUUACAAUUAACGGCAAAGGGAUCUUCUCCUUCAAUAUUUGUCUAUCCUGAACAGAAACUAAGGUCAGACAGUGUUCCAGAGGCAAGGGGAAAAGGCAGCAAUCAAAUCAGUAGCGGCACAUUGAAGAACGAAACUGUCAGCAAGAAAAAAGCUUUUGCUCUGCAAGAUAAGCUCUCUUCUAUAUAUGCAGCAGGUAAUACAGUACCCAUUCCAUUCUUGAGGGCCACGGAUAUAUCCCCUAUUGCCCUUCUGUCAGAUAAUUUCCUUGUGGGCAUGUAUCGGGAUUUUAGUGGAACCAUGGCACUGGAAGCACUUCAGGAACUUUUUGCUGGUGAUGGACAAUCAAAAAAAGGUCGAAGGGCACAAAAUGAGAUGCAAUUUCCUCCAAGCGUUUACAAAAGACUCGCUUCAAGUCCUACACUGAUGAAUUUGGCGCAGGCCCUAGCUUACCACAAAAUGUGCUAUGAUGAGAUGCCUCUUCAAGAGUUGCAGGCAACUCAGGAGCAGCAAACCAUACAAAACUUAUGUGACAGUUUACGAACCAUUCUCCGAUUAUAGAUAGUUGACUACUGCCUUCUGUUCUAUGCUUCCUUUCUUAUCCUCUUGGAUUUAAGAUUUUGCAGGGUUAUGCUGUGUCGGUUAACAUUAGAUGAUGGCAAAAAUGAAAUGCAAUCAAAUUUUCUUCCAUAGUGUGUCUCCUCCAACAUAUGUGAUAAGAAAUAAACUAUGUUUUGUCUAUUUCCGUACUAAAGUUCUGUCACUUACUAGUCUGUGCAAAUAUUGACAAACGAUAAAUCAAAGCUUUAGUUGACCAAAAUGAGAAAUAUAAGUUAAAAUAAACAUGAUUUUAGAUCAGCAA